CAAAAUUGUAUUAAUCAAUCAUUGAGGUUAUGUCUACCAAUGAAAAAUAUUUAUUUUAACGUCUUAGCUUGUAAGAUACCAUUGUUUUUCCAGUUUUAUUCUGGUGGCUCUUUUGUUAAUCUAUUAUAUGAAAAUUUCUUUUAAACUCCAGUGUACAACCCACAGAAAUGUUCAAUUGUGAUUCAAAGAGAAAGUUUUUCAAAUCGGAAUCUGAGAAUUUAGCGUAUAAGAAAAAAUACAAACGAAUGAAAAGAAUCAUCAAAAGCUUUUUGUUUCAAAAUGCCGCGUUGUGCGACCAAGUAGCUCAAAUGCAAGAAAGGAUACUCAUAGUGAAAGAAGAAAGAAACUUCCUGACCAGAAAACUGCAACAAUUCCAAACUGCAGCGGAUAGUGAACACUCCGUAACUUCUCAGCAGUGCUCCGUGCCAGAAGUGUUAUCUUCUCAGAACAAUAGUAGCAGUAAAAAACCAGCGCCCAAAAAACGUGCCAACUCUGAUACCACAGAUCGAAGUUCAAUGAAGAUGAAGAAGCCUAUAUCAUCAAAAGUAUCACAAUCAGUGAAAAAGAAGAAGCUUGUUGCCCCUAUUCCUUUGGAUAACUGCGGCAGGCCAAUAUUCCCCAUCCAUUUGGGUGAUCUCAAAGUACACAGCAUUGGAGAAGUAUCUGACAGACCGGAAUUUCACAAUGAAGACUACAUUUUCCCGAUUGGAUAUUGCUCUACCAGGCAGUACGGCAGUGUCAACGACCCAGAAAAGAGUUGUGUCUACACAUGCAAAGUCAUGGAUGGAGGUGCUCAACCAAGGUUUGAAAUAGUGACAGACUCGCUGGUGGACGAGCCGAUAGUGAGCUGGAACAUUGACGAGGCGCACAGUCGACUGCUGCAGCUGGUGAACCGCUGCGUCGGCGCAGACGUGGUGUCGGUGAGAGGUCGCGGUGCUGACUUCUUCGGCCUGUCGCAUCCCACCAUCCACCAUCUCAUACAGAGCUCGCUCGGCGCACGCAAGUGUCACGGCUACGUAGCCACCAAAUUCGAGGUUUGCCGAUCAUUAAGUGAUAGCGCCGCAUCAGAUGAACUGAUGGAAGCGACGUUGAAUUUCGCGGCUCUCCAGCGCAGCAUCACUUUCUCGAAAUCGCAUUUGGAAACGAUGAUCAUGAUCAAGGAAGAACCAGAAGAGACCGUUCUAGGGUGGUGAUUGGUCAACAAAGUUCACUUCAAAGUGCCAGUACAAACAAGAAUUGGCUUUUGAGUGAAGUGUCAUACUCACAAUCUUCUGGCUAUGACUGAAACCACCACCUAGGGUUCAACGGGUUUUCCUUUCAGAUUUCAGAAUUAUAAAAGUCAGUUUGUGAGUUUUGGGCUAUGAAAAUGAAGAUAAAAAUACUCUUUAUUACGCACAGUUGUUUCAUAGGGAGAGUUUAGGUAGAGUUGGGCAUAGAUUAUUUUCAUUUUCCAACAAGGUUAUCAAGGUACUAUCACAGGAAGGACUAUCAAGCGGUCCAGGAUCUAUCACAGAAUGAUUUAUAAUGUUCAAGCACUUAUCAGUUCAGUGGUUUUCCAAUUUUAAUAUCAAAAGUGAUAUAUACUAUAUCGUACUUUUGUUGAUAACUAGAAACUCACUCUUCAAUUAUUUAAACCAGUCCCAUCACAAUUAAAAUUUUGAUUUGAUUUUUCUAGUUACUAAAACCUGUCUUUC